ACUGUAUUCUGAGGCAGGCAGCUGACCUGGCACUUUUUUUAAAUGGAUUUUAACCUUUUUAAACUGUGUGGGCUAUCUCCCUUUUACCAGUCACUUUUUAAGGCAUGGACUUGUUUUGAGUGGAAGAGACCAGGACCCGCGUGCUCCCUACACUGGCCGCUUCAAGAACCGCUGGUGUACGGGGCCAGGCUGGACAUUUAGGACUGCUCAACACCAGGUCUGACCAGCAGGCUGUGCUCCGCCAGAGUCACGACCCAAAGGAGACUGGUGGAGGUGGCCGGCCCUGGGCUGGGGGAUUCUUCUGCGGUGGCUUCUCGACUUGGGCUGACAUCCAUCCGACAGAUCUCGAGGUUCCUGAGGACCUGGGCGGAGAGGCUGACGGGACGAGGUGGGGAUGCUGCAGGAGUACGGCAGGGGAGAGGAGGCUACCGACGCGACAGAUCCCUUUCCGGAUCUCGGAUGUGUUCCGAGGCUGAGCGAGGUCUCGGGACCACUGUUCAGAGAAGCUGAUCGCAAGAUAUUGGACUUCAACAUGCUAAAAGGGAAAAUUAUAUAUGCAGCAUGUGUGAAGGUGAGUUUGACCAGAGAGCUGACACGGUGUGGAGGCAGAAGCUGAGCGGGGGCGUCGAGGUGAACCCGUGUUGGAGGGUUCUGUACAAACCCCCCAUAAAGAAGAGAACUGGGGAUCUAGGCUACAGUGGAGAAUCCUACACGGGGCCAUUGCUGUGAAGAGGUAGAAACCGUGUUCCACUGUUUUUAUUUCUGUGAGAGGCUCUGUAACCUUUUUAAUACACUGCAAGAUGUCUUUAAAGGGUUUGGGGAGACCUGGUCCAGGACCACGUUCAUCUUCGGAGCCAACUAUGGGAAGGUGAAGGCCUCCAAGUGGAAGCCGCUGAACCACCUGGUUGGAGAAGCUAAACUGGCGGUGUAUACAAGCAGGAAGAACAAGGUGGAGGGCAGAGCAGGGCAGGAGGCCCCAUCUUCACCUCCCGCGUCAGUCAGCAUUUGGGUCGAUUUUAAGCUUUUUUAGCAGCACGAACAACACGCAAGGUUUCUGCAAAAAGUGGUGCUACGACAAAGUGUGGCUGAAGGCGAACUCGUGUUGAAGCUCCUUUUGAUGCAAAGUGAGGAGCAACUGUUUAUUUUUGUUGUUUUAAUGCAAUGAUUAUGGUUUCCUGUUCAUUCAUGUUGCAACGAGUAAAAUAAAUGUAUUCUAAAAAUCAAAAAAAAUCUCUGUCUCUGUCUCUCUGCCUGCCUCUCUGUCUCUCUCUAUCUCUUUCUCUCGCGCGCACACACACACGCACGCACGCGCGCACACGCACACACGCGUGAUCGAUCCCUCCAGUCUUCCUGGUCUCUGAUAGUCCUCCAGCGGUUCUCUUCGACCCUGCAGGUCGUGGUGGUGUCAGUGAGUCGGCGUGCCGGUCUGGUUCUGGUUCUGGUUCCUUCUGGUUCCGGCUGCUGGUUCCCGAACUUUUCGGAGUGGAGCUUCGUGUCGGGUGAACUGGUCGCGUCUUUGGCCACCUGGCUCCGUGGGUCCGGAUCCGUUCCGCCUCAGGUCUGUUUCACACCGAAACCCCGAACCCGAAGCUGCUCGAGACGAAGUGGUCCGGUCCGGUUCUGUUAGCAGCUAAGCUACCAGGUAGCUGUUAGUCUGAGUUAGCAGCUAGCAGCUAGCAGCUAGCCCGACCGCCUCGGUCCUCCUCAUGCCGGCGAUGCUGGAGAGAAACCCGGAGGCUCCAGGGAAGAGGAAAGGCAGAGGCCCGACGGGGAGCGGCGGGCCCCUGGCCGCAGUACACCACGGCGGGAAGAGCCUGUCCGGGAAUGGAACCAGCACCAACAGCUGCUGGGAAGAAGGGAGCUCCGGGUCCAGCAGCGACGAGGAGCAUGGGGGAGGAGGGAUGCGGGUCGGACUGCAGUACCAGGCCGUGGUUCCGGACUUUGACCCGGAAGUGUCCCAGGCGGCUCAGCUCAGAGAGAACCUCGGCAUGCUGGUCUGGAUCCCGAGCAGCUUCCUGAACCAGACUCAGUUGGACGAGUACAUUGCCAUCGCCAAAGAGAAACACGGAUACAACAUGGAGCAGGCUCUCGGGAUGCUCUUCUGGCACAAACACAACGUGGAGAAGUCUCUGGCCGACCUGCCCAACUUCACCCCGUUCCCUGACGAGUGGACGGUGGAGGACCGAGUCCUGUUUGAGCAGGCCUUCAGCUUCCACGGCAAGAGCUUCCACCGCAUCCAGCAGAUGCUACCUGACAAGUCUAUGGCCAGUCUCGUUCGAUUUUAUUACUCGUGGAAGAAAAGUCGCAGUAAAACGAGUUUGAUGGACCGACAGACACGCAAACACAAGAGAGAGAGAGACGACAGUGAGGACGAAGUCGUGGACAGGAACUUGGCUCUUCCCAGUGACUCCGAGCUCGACCCAAAUAAAGACGACAAGAAGGAGCUGAGUUCUGGAUCAGAGAGGUCAGAGGUCAAACCAGCUCCUGGGCCCAAGACAGGUAGCAAGGCGUCCCAGCGGUUGAAGAAGCGACCUCCUAAAGGAAUGUUCCUGAACCAGCAGGACGUCGUGUCUCUCUCGUCUUCGUCGGCUCAGGGACUCAUCCGACAGCUGGACUGUCAACUGGUCUCCAUAAAGAGACAGAUCCAGACCAUAAAACAGUCAAACGGUUCCCUUAAGGAGAAAAUCAGCUCAGGAGUUGAUGAGUACAAACAGCCUGAGGUGACUCAGAAGUUUAACACUCGUUGGACCACAGAGGAGCAACUGCUGGCUGUACAAGCCAUCAGGAAGUAUGGGCGGGACUUUCAGGCCAUCUCCGAUGUGAUUGGUAACAAGUCGGUGGUUCAGGUGAAGAACUUCUUGGUGAACUACAGACGGAGGUUCAACCUGGACGAGGUUCUUCAGGAGUGGGAGGCUGAGCACGGGAUGGAGGCGGGAGACGGGGGCGGAGCAGAGGACGACAAGAUGGAGGACAAGAUGGAGGAGUGUCCUGCUGAGGAGGAGGAGUUCACAGCCAUGGAAACCAAAGAGGACUCGUCCUCUCCAUUGGACUCCCAGAAGCCUCUUCCGUCUUGACUCCUCUGGUUCAAAGACGUCUUCAUGACUUUAUUAUGCGACUGCGUUGGACUUUUAUUGGUCAGGUGUGAGCGUUGUGUCAUGAACGUGUCGUCACUGCCAUUCAGAAUUCAAAGUGGGUGGGGCCUGUUUAUGUUUUGUUUUUGGGGGUGGGGCUUCGCUCUGUUGGAUGAUGUCACUCAGGUCGGAGGCUUUGACAAACACUUCAUUAAUAAACAAAUCUGUUUCUUC